AUGGGGGAAGGGCACUUCAGCAUCUUCCCCCAGGGAGGUGCUCAGAAGAAAGCGGUUUAUGUGUCAGGAGAGAUGCACCAUUGCUUUACUGGAGCUCUGGCUGCAGAGGAGGCAACUCCUGCCCUGGACCACACAGCCUUGAGGGCAAAGGGUCUGCUGGCUAGGAGGGGAGACCAGGGAGGCUUGCUGGGAAGAAGGCGUCACUCUGCCCUGCAGACCCCUCCUGGCAGCAGAGCACCGCCCAGGGGCAUCUCCAUGGUUGCAGGCUAUGACGGGAACAUCAGCUCAACAGUGAUGAGGCUGGAAAGAUGGGCAAAAAAUCAUUGGUUCCAACCACAGAGUAUAGUGGAUAGGAUCAUAAUCUUGCAGAAAGAGGCUAAAGUUGGGUCAGGGAAGGGAAAAUCUAUAAUUUGUGCAGUUUUGGGAGCGCGUUUGGCAGCGGCCGUGGAAGAUAGGAGGCAGAGAGUGUGUCAAGAUGAUGCCAUGAUAGACUCCUUGAAAAUGGCAGUUAAAUCGCUACAAGAGCAGUUAAAAGAGACCAAGCAGCUGUUAGAGGAGGAAAGAAACCAGAAUGUUAAACUAAAGGAAGCAUUGAGAGAAGAAUUGUGGAAAGCAAGCGACUCGCAAAUCUAUCCCCAGGAGGACUUACAGAGAGCAAAAGAGGCUUUAGAAAAUGCUCCUCAUAUGUAUCCCCUGGUUAAAACUGAGUAUUUGUAUGAGGCGGAUAAUGACGUUCGUCCCCAAGUUAUUACUAAACAGGUUCCAUUUACAGUGACUGAGUUAGCAAAAUUAAGGAAGGAUUUUGCAAGGACUCCAAAGCAAUCAGAAACAGAAUAUGUUUGGAGAGUAUCAUUGUCAGGAGGAGAUGGAAUCUUGUUGUCAGAGAAGGAAGCAGAAGGAUACUGGGGUGCAGGUGUGUUUCUAACUACCAGCAAUUAUCAGGCCUCAUGGUCAUUGACACAGAGGGCAGCAUAUCGGGCCAGGGGGCUGAACCCUUUGGAGAUGGGACCGCUAGCUAUAAUAGGUACAGUAGAUCAACUGGUAGAAAAUGUGCAAAAGGCGGCUUGUUUGCAGAUGAUCUAUGAUAGGGAGCUUAAAUCUAACCAGGGCUCUCCAAUGAUGAUGCCUGUGGAUCCAGAAUGGAUGACUUCUCUAAUCCGAGGACUUCCAGAUUCUCUAAAACCCAUUGGGAUCCAACUACAGGGGAAGAUACAAAAUACCCCUGUAGCAGAAGUUACAGCUGCUCUAGAGGGAGUAAUGACCCCCAAUCACUGGAGGUAAGGGAGAAAAGUGUGGACGUGGGGGGAAGUAGCCCAAGAGCUAAUUAGCUUUGGGAGGAAAUAUGGUCCCAUUGGUGGAUCCUGGCAAAGACCUGAAACCAGGGCCAUACAAGCCGCGGAAGAAGGUGAGGGGUGGUCAGCACUGGUCAAGAGAAGUCAGGAUUCGAAAUCGGUCCGAUUUACUGAUCCUGGGAGAGGGAGGUCCCUAAGCUGCCAGCAAUGGUGGCAACUGGGGCUCCAGAGAGGUGUUCCCCGAGAUCUAAUGGAUGGGCUUCCAACCCAGAAGUUGGAGAAACUUGUACAAAGAUGGUCGGGGUGA